AUGGAUCAAAUUUUGAUGAUAAUCGAUAGAGACCUUGCUGAAGUAGUUGAGAGACUCGAGGAGAUCACAGUGACUCCGGAGAUUGAUGGAAUUAUUGAUCUUAUUGAUAAAACCAUUGCAGACAUCGUGGAAAUAGCCUUCGAACGCGAAGGAGAAAAUACACCAACCCAAGAGACAUAUCUGGAUCUUGAGUCAAAUGGGGGAGACAUUUCGGAUAUCGUUGACAACUUGAGCAUUGUCACUUCCGGUGCAGAGAUCACACCAACUGCAGUAUCUGAAUCCAACGAAGACAAAUUGGAUCACGAAUCCGAUAGCAAUUGUAGUCUACUUGACUGCUACGAUAACCACCAUGGACACAAGUAUAUGUUAGAACAUCAAUUUGAAAUCGUCAAAGUUCAACAUGCUCUCCAUUCCGAACUCGUUGCGCUGGGUAGAGAAAACCAGAAACUUCGCGAGAAGUACGAAGCUUUGGUCCACCAAACUCCCGGCCUCUCACGACUUUCUCUUCCACCCAAGGUGAAGAAGGGAUAUCUUUUUGACAAUUGGUCGCAUUAUAGUCCUGGGGGUAAAAUCUGUGAAUGCGAGUACUGUUUCAACGACCUCAAAGAAGAACACAUCGAUUCGCUUGAAAUCAGAAGAAACACACAACAGGCACUCAUAAACUCGAGAAAGGAACGUCGCGAAUUACUCGAGGAGUAUGAUGCUUUCGAGAACUUCAUCAGUAGAGACACAUGA